GGUGUAUGUUGGGGGGCCCUUGAGGGGCCCCCGCCCGUGUCACCCCGUGGCGAAUGAUUAAACCGGCUCCUCCCCUGCCUUGGCCUUGGAAGGCGAGUCGGCCCUUCCGGAAACGGGAGUCGGGUCACCAUGGAGGAGGAAUCCGGCCGGGGAGGGGAGGCCAGGGCCGUGAGCUGGGAGCCGGUGGCCCGGGGACCCAGGCCAGGUCAGUCCCUCUCCACCCUGCUGAGCCAGCUGCCCAGUGUCGCCAGCGUCCGAUAUCGGGGACCCGUGCCGGGGGGACCCCGGGAGGAGGAGUGGGAAGCCGGGGGCUGGGCCGGGGGACUCGUCGAGGAAGCCCCCGCGCUCCAAAAUCCCCGCGAGCUGCCAUGGCCCAUGGAGGCGAAACGAAUGUUCUGGAGGCGGCUAAAGGCAGAACAGGCUGGAGGCCAGGCUCCGGCUGGGGGCCAGCGAGGGGGCUGGGGGCUCCACCAGUUCAGAAAGGCUCAGGUUUGGACCACAGACAUCCUACAGGGAGUUCAGCCCUGGAGGGGAGACCUGCUGAAAAUCGGGGGUCACUUUGGCUCCGGGACGCAGGCCUACUUCUCCCUCCUGCGCUUCCUGCUGCUGCUGAACGUGCUGGGGGCUCUGCUGCCCGUCACCCUGGUGACGCUGCCCACCCUCCUGCUGGGCACCGGCGGGGGCUCCCAGGGGAGCCCGUCCCCUAGCCCUCCCUCCCCCAACUCUUCCCUCUGCGGCCCCUACAAUCCGCUGCCCACCGGGCUGGUCAGCUACACCGAGCAGCUCUUCAACCUUUUGUCCGGACAGGGCUACCUGGAGUGGUCGGUGCUGUUUUACGGUUUCUACCCGAAGACGGACCCCGGGGGCUACCGGCUGCCCCUGGCUUAUCUGCUCUCGGCCGCGGGCGCCGGCCUGCUCUGUCUCCUGCUCAUCCUGCACCGGUCGGUGGGGGGCCUGCGGCAGACGCUGCUGGCCGAGUCGGGGGUGCUCAUCCGCUACAGUGACCGCGUCUUCUGCGGUUGGGACUUCUGCCUGGCGGACCCCAAGGCCGUCCGGCUGCGACACAACACCGUGCGCUUCGAGAUCCAGGUGGAGCUGGAGGAGGAGACCGUGCGGCAGCGGGAGGCGGCCCGGACGCUGACGAAGCGCAUGGGGGUCUGGGGCGUGCGGGCGCUGCUCAACCUGCUGGUCCUGGGGCUGCUGGGGGCCGCCUUCUAUGGGGUCUACUGGGCCACGCAGAUGUCCAUCCAGCUGCAGAAAGACCCACAGGUGAGCGGCGACUCGUUCCUGAAGCUCCUAGUGGACUUCCUCCCGUCCAUCUUCAUCUCGGCGGCCAACCUGGUCCUGCCGCCCGUCUUGGCCGGGCUGACCCGGCUGGAGGGCUACACCCUGAGCCGGCAGGUCCUGUUCAUCCUGCUCAGGACCGUGUUCCUCCGCAUCGCCUCCCUGCUGGUCCUCCUCCUCACUCUGUGGGCCAAGAUCACCUGUAACGGGGACCCCCAUGCCCCCAGCUGCAAAGGCUGCGGCUACAACAGCCCAGAGCUGCCUUGCUGGGAGACCCUGGUGGGCCAGGAGAUGUAUAAACUGCUGCUGUUCGACCUGCUGACCGUCCUGGCAGUCGUCCUUCUGGUGCAGUUCCCCCGCAAGCUACUGUGUGGGCGCUGCCCCGGUGCGUUGGGCCGGCUGGCGGGGACCCUGGAGUUCCAGGUGCCCGCAGAGGUGCUGGGGCUGGUUUACGCGCAGACGGUGGUCUGGAUUGGCAGCUUCUUCUCUCCCCUCCUGCCUCUGAUCAACACGGCCAAGUUUGUCCUGCUCUUCUACCUCAAGAAGGUGGCUCUCUUCUCCGUCUGCUCGCCCGCCUCACGCACUUUCCGGGGUUCCAGCGCCCACUUCUUCUUCCCCCUGGUGAUGCUGCUUGGGCUGGGGCUGUCGGCGGUGCCCGUCCUCUACGGCGUCUUUGUGAUCCAACCCUCGGAGGUGUGCGGGCCGUUCCGAAACCAGACACGCAUCUGGGAUGUGGUGCCGCGAGCCAUCGAGGAACUGCCCCCGACCGCCCGGAAUCUGUUUUUCUUCCUGGGGACUCAGGCGUUUGCGGUCCCGCUGUUCCUCCUGGCCAGCCUCCUAAUGUUCUACACAAUGGCUCUUUCCAGUUCCUACAACCGGCUGGUUCACAAGCUGCAGAAGCAGAUCGAGUUGGAGAGCCAAAACAAGAGGCUACUGGUGCAGCAGACAGUGGAACUGGGCUGAGGGGCAGGAAACUCUCUUCAUCCACUCCUUUCCCCUCCUCUAGACUGUAAGCUUGUUGUGGGCAGGGAAUGUGCCUGUGUAUUGUUAUACUGUACUCUCCCAAGCGCUUAGUACAGUGCUCUGCACACAGUAAGCGCUCACUAAAUAGGAUUCAAUCGUAUUUUUGACCGACUGCACUCCCACCCGCCUCCACCCUUCUCCGGAAUAAAGUUGCCUCCCUCCUC